CUCCAAGUUCGGUUGCAUCGCAGCGCAUACACAAUGGCUGCUCGAAAGAGGAGAAAGCAAACAAUUUUCAGGCCCGCCGCGUCUCGCAAAAAAUAUGAGAAAAAAAUUAUUAAAAAUUCGGAAAAUAGUUGAAAGUGAAGAAAAACUCAACAGAAAGGAUGAUAAAGCGUCCGGGACCCCUGUGUCCAGGCAGUGUUGAACACAUAAAACUGGACAGAAUAAUCACAUCAGUACUAGUCCGGCGCCGUGCAUCGGUCCAUGUAGCUGGUCAGCCUUAGGGUGCCAUGGCCACGGGAACCCAGGGCCACCGUGACCAAGUCCUGGACAAAGCCAAGCUUGCAGUACCUCUGGGGAGGCGCAAGAGAGCAGAAGGCAAGCUGAAGAAGAAUUUCCCUUGUCAGGAGUGUCAGAAAGCUUUCAACAGUCUGGAGAAGUUGAAGGUGCACUCAUACUCUCACACAGGAGAAAGACCCUACCGCUGCUCCCACCCUGAAUGCACCAAGGCUUUCGUCUCCAAAUACAAGCUGCUACGGCAUAUGGCAACUCACUCGCCAGAAAAAAACCACAAGUGUUCAUACUGUGAGAAAAUGUUCCACCGUAAGGAUCACUUAAAGAAUCACCUACAUACUCACGAUCCACACAAGGAGGCAUUCACUUGUCAAGAGUGUGGCAAGAGCUACAACACGAAGCUGGGUUUCAAACGCCACCUUGCCCUCCAUGCUGCCAACAGUGGAGACCUUACCUGCCAAGUGUGCCUGCAGCCAUUCCCCAGCACUGGGGUUCUUCUGGAACACCUCAAAACACAUGCUGGCAAGUCCUCCGGUGGGACCAAGGAGAAAAAACAUCGUUGCGAGCAUUGCGAGCGGCGGUUUUACACCCGUAAAGACGUGCGACGGCACAUGGUAGUGCACACCGGACGCAAAGACUUCCUCUGUCAGUACUGCGCCCAGCGUUUUGGAAGGAAGGACCAUCUGACGCGUCACAUGAAAAAGAGCCAUGCUCGGGAACUGCUGAGGGUUAAAACUGAGCCAGGCGAUUCGCUGGAGCCCGUCAUCUACAACUUGGCGUCUGGGAGCGUAAAGGGGGAGCUCCCGGGAAUGCUGACGCCAAGACCGCACCAGCUGAACGUGUACACAGGCCCCGUCCUCGACACCGAGCCCUUCUCCAGUCCCACACAUCCUUUUUCUUUAAAGUACCCACUGGGCUCCAACUUUACCUCAUACGCCGUGUCCUCACAGGAGCGGGAGCAGAAUCUUAAGGGAGACCUGGAGACCUACCUGAUGGAGCUGCAGAGCAGUAUGCCAUCCUCUGCCUCUGAAGCCCAACAACCCCAACUCUCCUCCUCCAAACUUGAGUUGGUUCCUGAAGUGGGUGUGCUGGAGGAAGCCAAUGAGGAGGUGUCCCUGUCCAAAAUGUCCACAUCAGUAGCAGCACCUGCAGGCGACUCUUUGGCCUUAUCUUCCUCUCUAAUGGAUUUUUCACAGCUUUUCAACUUCCUGCCGCUCAACGCGCCUCCGUACAAUCAGGUAGGGGGCAGUGGGGGGCAGGGUGUCACUUUUCUACCCAAUGAAGAGCCCGCAUCUCUAGUUCAGCUGCCCUCUCAGGCUGCCACGGGCUCAGAGGCUGCUGAGAGUCCACUUCAGGGGCUCUCCUCCUCCUUCAUAUCCAACCUGAGCACUCCAACCACACUGCCCCGCUUCCACCAAGCUUUUCAGUGACCCCAGUACAUCUGGCACAUGCCACUCACAAACACUGACACACAUGUAGAGCUGCAUGCCCAUAUUAAACGCCAUACAAGAUGCAAGUGACCCACGACUGAAGAAAUUGGCACAUCUGUCCAUUUAUGAUAGCAGCAGACACUAACCUGACAGGAGACACAGCACUGACAGCAGCACACUCACACCACAGAGCCGGCUCAGCUUUCUAAUGAUGAGAGUUUGUUUUGGGGCAAAUGUAAGUUAUUCUCUUUUAGAGUCUGUUUUUUUUUUGCCUUGGGCAAUUUAAAAAAGAAAUCCUGAUGUGUCCUUGAUUACAGAGACAUCAGAUGCAUGCUGGUUACCAUAUGAAGCAGUCAUGUGCUCAGACUCACAAAGAAACAAACCGUUCUCUGUGUAUCUCAUUAAUAAGCUUAAUGCAAACAUUAAAGGGCUGCUUUGCAUAAUAACAUGACUGACUGACACUGAGAUGAUUUGGGGUUUUGACAGUUUUCACAUGGAGAAGUGUUACGGCUGAGACACUUGACUGACUUUGGUAUACAUGCGUAUAGUUCUUCAUAUAGCACUUUGGAUUUUCUGGUCUUCAAAGAUCGUUAUAUGUGAUAAGAUUUAAAGAGCAUCCGUAGUUUUGAGGGUUUCUGUUUAGGAGCCAAAGUAUAACGUGAGGUUUUUGGCAGCCAUGAUGGUUCGUUUAUUUCUAAUUAAAGUAGAAAUGAACUUUUCUUUUUUGACUGUACUCGAGUGAGCAGCCAGGUGCUUUACUGUGUCAUACAUUUGCACUGUCAGUAGUAAGACCAUGUGCUCAGCGCGUGGGAUUGCCCAAAGUCCAGUUUCAGCCAUAGGCAGUAUAAAACAUGGACUCCAGGUCUGAAAACUGAAGCCAGUGCAGAAGUGCCUUAAACCUGCAUCUUAAAUGACCAGCAGAUGGUGAGAGCUGUGUUUGCAGUAACUUCCUCUGAGCUCUUGAUCUGUGCUCUCAAAAAACUCAGCCUUGAACUUUGUGUUUGGUGAACUUCAGUUUCUAUGAUCUGGCAUCGUGUUGUGAAGCACUGUGUGAUGUUUGUCCUGAUAGGUGCCAUAGAAAUAAACUGUAACUGUGUUCUGGUCCUAUAGACGUGGAAAACCUGAAUCUGUAAAGACUUCCUGCUGGGUUUUAUAUGCUCAGUUACUCAUUUCAGGUUGCAUUGAAUUAAAAAAUAACAGUAUUGUGUUUAAAAGGAUUAUCUGUGAUAUGCUUAUUGGCUAAAGACGUGUGAUUCACAAGUUGUUAGCCAAUGAACACGUGGCUUCACUGUCAGACCUGCCCCUCUGUCACAUCCAGCCCUUUGGAUAGCCGUGUCCACCUUUCAUACUGUCUGUAGUUUCAACUGUUCCUGAGCUUACUAUCAACACGUGGUGACGUUAUGCAGUCGGUAGUCUGUUGGAAGGUGGGAAGCAUGUCCAGUCUUAUUAGAGCACAGUUUGCUCUCAGAGCUCAGACAGGAAGUUGACAGAACAGUAAAAACAUGUUGCUGAUGGAUCCAUUAAAGUGGUGGUUCAUUCACACUAUUAUACACAAAAUACAAAGUUACUGAGGAGCAGUAUUACAGUUGUCCAUCAAAGUUUACAUUUAACUUUAUCAUUAGUGUUGCCUACAUUUCACAGCAGUACCUUCUUCUUCUUGUUUAAAGCAAACAUUUCUUUCUCACAGAGUUUCAAAGUUGUGCCUUCAAUGUAAAUUUGCCAGUGUGCCUCUGGCUGCUGAAAGCAGAUCCAUCAGUUAUCUUUGUAAACAUUCACAUGAUUUUAUCUUAAGUGUUAUCAGCUGUUCUACUGACACCAAAAUCAUCAUCAGUCAACUUCACUCAUCACGUCAUUGUCUGGCUACGAAGCUCUGUAGGCACAUCUAGAACGACUGCGGACUGGGAAUGAAACCUCACAACCUGCUCAGUGUUUAGAAGUCGGUCCUUUGGACUUACCAGAGUUUCUGCAUUGGUUACCUGUAAUCUGUGGUCUGACAAUCCAGUAACACCAGAAAGUGAAUUUUGGAUGAGUUAUCAGAAAAUGACCAACAGUGACACAGUCCCAUCCACAUGUCGCCCACCCUCGUGUCAGGGUCUGUGCUGUCUGUGCUGCUGAAUACGGUGACGGUUGGGGUCAAAAAUAGACUAUUGAGUGGUAGAAAAUUUGUUUCCAUCAUUGGUAAAGUAGCCACUGUCAUAGUGACAGUGGUACCCCAGUGGAGCGCUUCCUGGAUGCUGUCGCCGUCCCUUCAGUUGUCUUUUGCACAGACUAACCUGACUCUAGGCUGUGAAGUUUAAGUGAUCCAUGUUUCCUCAGUAUCUGGUAUCUAAGACCUGAGGCGGCAAAACGGCCCUAAACCGUGAUAAUAUGUCCAUAAAGUAUUUUCAGCUGCUUCCUUAUUUCCCAGGGGGCUGCCACAGCAGAUGGACCCACAUGUUUCAUUUGGCACUAAUGUCACACUUUCCAUUUAUCUGGGACGGCCACUGUGCAAGGUUUGACCACCAGAGACUGGGUUUCUCCCAGUCUCAAACCAGUUUCAUGUGUAAGUGAAUAUGUUAACCCCUACAACAUGACUGAUUGAUAAUUAUGACGUACAGAGAGAUCAGACCACAUGUUGAGUAUUCAACACAGAAAUGCUGGGAGUAUCAAAUGUUACCAUUGUAGCCGAUGAACCAUCAAACUGCAGUCAUUUUACUUCUAAUGUUUUUCCCUUUGACUGACAUUCAUCCGCAUAUCUUACGAAUAAUAAGGUCCAAUUCAGUCAUUUCAAAUGUUAACAAAGCAACACAGGCUGAACCAAGAGCUAAACACACUGCUGACACAACACAACUUACUGUGACAUGAAGGAGAUGUUAACAGGCUUUCUGGUUUUUACUGGUUACUUUGUCACAUCCUGGCUGUUGUUCCAUUUUUAAAAAGGCUGUUGAGCAUUUUUUAAUUUGUGAAGUGUGACUUGAAGGGAACGUUUCACAGUGUUGUGCAAACCCAGCAUCCCCUGAACAACCUUUAAAAUAAUUACAGCUGACAAAUAGAUCAGUUUGAUGGUCAAGCAAUUGUCAAAAACUGCAUCAUCAGACAUUAGUCGUACAUUAGUCUGCGCUGACUACAUCUAUGAAGAUCUGAGCACUAAAACAACAUCCCGGGAGACAUAGCUGUGUUUACUAUGACACAGUGUGUGAAAAUAAGUCGCAUUUUACUGCAGUGCUUAAUUGGUCUUUACAGAUGAAACCAGUUCUUUGACAUAGCACUGCUUUAGUCCUAAAACCUGCCCUCUGAGGUCACAAUCUGUGUACAGGAUGGUGGACUGAAACAGUUCUGCUCCUGUAUGAUCGAUCAAAUGUAAGGAUUCACAGCACUGGUCCUCGACGUCAUAGUUCACCCACACAGUGCUUUUCAUUUAUGUAGAAACCUCAAAUACUGGACAAAGAAAGUCAAAUUGCCUUGAGGGGUAGAUGUUAACACAUGGAGUGUUUUUGGAUCUUUAAUUAUAAAGAUUUUGAAUUGUUUUUUAUUGAAAGGUGGUUUCUUUAAAUUCUUGGAUCAAAAGGAUGACUUCUCACAGAAUGGGCUGAUGUGGUUGAUGCUCGGUCAGAAGCAGUAGGCAGUGAGCAGCAGCUCCACUCUGCCUCAGUUCCAGGUGCCUAAAUCGGCCUCCACACAGGGCACAUUUCAAACCCUGUUCUCAGUCAGCGUGACGUGGUUCAGAAUAGCAUCAGAUCUCAGCUGAACAAGAAGUGUUCCAGUCAUAUAAAUCAGACACAGCUGAUGCAUCAUACUCCAUGUUAGCUGGUGGUUCUCUUGACAUUUGGAGUGAAAGAUGCUUAAAGAUCUUGAUAAAUGGAUAAGAGCUCACCUUGUGCCAGCUUGUAGUCACACAUUGAAGCAUCACGGUGUAGGAUUGUAGUCCACACAGUAACUAUGUGACAACAUGAACUCGUGCUGCUGGCCGACUUAUGUGGCCCGACAUGUUCAUCUGUAGAUCUGUAGAUCUGCUGGCUACAGACAUACAGGCUACAGCCCGCAGGUGUCAUCUUCAUUUCCUGGACGUGAAGUCCCAAAGACGAUGCUCUCUGUUGGAUUUCUGAGUGUUGGCCUUUGUACAUAAAGGUUGGUCCACUGAGUGUGGAGUUUAUUCAAAGAUGUUCACGAACACAUUUUCUCUCCAUUUGCAUGAAUGCAUUGAUGGUGUGGAACAUAGCUGGCAGUGCGCUCCAUGUUUGUGUCCAGUAUGAAGGAAGCACCGUACACCCCAUGGCGUACUGGUUCCAGUUACAGUGGUGAUGUGUAGACAGAGAAACACUGAGCGAUUGGCGCUUCUCGUGGCUGUGGGUUAGGGUACGUCACCACUCGUCACUCUGACCUGCUUUUGACAGAGUUUCUCUGAGGUUUUGUGUUUUCAUUGGAAUGAAGAUUUCUUCUUCAUGGACAUGUUUCUGAUUAAUGGGGGGAAAUGUAUGUAUUUUGAAUAAUGCCUGUGUAUCUGUGACCUUGACUAAACUGACAUAUCCAAACCAUAUUAGCUCGCAUGUUACUCUGUCACCAAAGUUUGGUUGAUGGGCCGCAGCAAACUGACAGAUGGGAAAGUGUUCCCACCCCACACAGAAUCUACUAAACAAGCGUUCAGUCUUGUUUAAACUGCUGUUUCCAAGGUCAGUAAUGAUGCUUCAUGCUCAUCACUGUGGCUUCUGUUGUAAAUGAGAAGGUAUAAAUAUGUAGUUUCAUAUUUCUUGUAGCUGGAUAUGAAUUGUUUUUCGUUUUGGUUGGAGUCUUUUUUAAACUCUGGUAUCAAACAGUUGCAGUAAAGAGUCUGUUUCAUGUUUGUUGCUUUCACCACUUCCACGAGCGUCAGAUUUAGUGCAAUAGCGUCAACACGUUCUUGUAUAGUUUGACUCCAUGUACCUGUGUCCAUGCCCUGCCUGCAGGGGUCUGACAGUCACUGCCAUAAACAAAUCUUAUUUCAUCCAGUGAGCCUGUUUGGACACCUGAUCCCCUUUGAAGAGCUACAGGGCUGCACACUCUACAGAAAAUGUGAAUCUCACAGAAAUUGAGUCGUCACUUCUCUUCCACCACAUAGGUUAGCAUUUCCACACACACGUGUGGUGACUCGUCUGAUGCCUGUAUAACCCAAUAGUGUUAUAAUUUACCUCACUUUUCUUCUUUGAGCUCCAAAAUUCUGAAAAUAAUGACAAAAAGUUCCCGUCUGCUUUGUGAGUGACCAGAGAUGAACAUGAAUGGAAACCAUAUCUUUGUAGGUUGUGUGAAAUGUGGAACUGAAUUCUGAAUGUUCCCAACCUUUAUGGAAGUUUGCUCUUUGGAUCUUGUGAAUGUUUGUGGUUUUACAAGAGAUGUUAGCAAGCCGCUACUUUUUAUUAGCACUUUUUGUAAAUGGGAUGCGUUUAUUUCCUGCAGCAUCGAGUCUUUUAUUACAAAUGUAUAGAUUCUAUAUUUAGCUCUUUUAGAGAACAAUAACAUGUAAAUACAAUAUAAAUGUUUUAUUUUUGCAGGUACAAUUUUUGACAGUGUUUUUCCUAUAAAGUGUCAUUUUUGCUUUACUUGCACAAUUGCUCUGUGUUUCUCAUUGAGGGCUCUUGCUUUGCAGCUUUGUUUGGACUUAACUGGUCUCCUUUGACCGUUCGUACGCUGCUUUACGUCAGAGUGUACCGUAGUGAAGCUGAAACGAAGCUACUUAAUAAUAUCACUGUGUCACAGAGUGUUUAGAUGUUCCAAAAAUAAGAUGUGUCCAAUAACUCCAUGAGUGUGUCCUCUUCUGUCAUUUUUACACCUCGGUGUGGUACAUUACUUGAUUUCCUCGUGGUCUCUGUCUGAAAGCUGCAGCUAGCUACACAUGUGAUGUAUAACUCUUAUGGACUGUACGACAGAUUCCAGGUACAGAGAAGCAAUAACAGUGGAUCAAAGCUGAUUACAAGUAUUUUAGAGUGAGUGUGUGUGUGUGUGUGUGUGCGUGUGCGUGCAUGCGUGUGUGUCUGUGUGUGUGUGCGUGCGUGCGUGUGUGUGUGUGUGUGUGCGUGUGUGUCUGUGUGUGUGUGCGUGCGUGCGUGUGUGCGUGUGUGUCUGUGUGUGUGCGUGCGUGUGUGUGCGUGCGUGUGUGUGUGUGCGUGUGUGUGUGCGUGCGUGUGUGUGUGCGUGCGUGUGUGUGCGUGCGUGAGUGUGUGUGUGUGUGUGUGUGUGUGCGUGUGUGUGUGUGUGCGUGCGUGUGCGUGCAUGCGUGCAUGCAUGCGUGCGUGUGCGCGGUCCUGGCACGUGCUGAGGCAGGAGAUGCUCUUCAAUGAGAGGCACAGACCUUUAGCAAUUCAAACUUCUUUAUAAGCUUCAAUGGUACCAGUGAACUUUAUUGAAUGUUAUGAAAAAACACUGCAAUAUAUUUUGGUAUUGGAUCAAGCUGCUAACAUACUUCUAAAGCUCCUUAAGGUGCUACAGACCUCCUUACUAUCUCUUCAGACGUAUCGUUUGUACAAAGUAUCCCGUGUAGCUGAACAGUUGGUAUGUGUGUGCCUAGUUGUACUUUAUAGCUUCAUAUAUUUUCUUGUACUGUGACUUUUGUAGUCUUUGCCUUUAAUAUAGUCCCACCCC